GGAGACGGACGCCGGCGGUGGCGGUGGCGGCAGCAGCGCCCACUUCCCCGCGGGAUGUAGCUGCGGGCGCUGGUCCGGCUUUGUAGAGCUGGAAUGGCAAGUUGGGUGGAGCCCUGAGCCAGGAUCCUUCGUACUGCAUCUCUUCCUCGUAACAACUCAAAAGUGAGAACUGCCAAGGAUCCUGGAGAGGACUGCUAGUUACCCGCUUUUGCAAAAGAGAAGAUGUCGUCCCGUAAAGGACCAGCAGUCAGCCAAGGAAAUGGACCUUUAAAUAAUGUCAGGGAGGGAGAAGACGUGGAGUUAGCUGAGCUUGGACCGCUCUUAGAGGAGAAAGGCGACCAAGCAGCAUCCAGUUCAGCCAGCGCCCAGGACCAGCCAUGCCCAGCAACCCAGGAGGAAGAGGAGGAGGAAGUGCGGGUCCUCACGCUCCCUUUGCAGGCACAUCAUGCGAUGGAGAAAAUGGAAGAAUUUGUGUACAAGGUCUGGGAAGGUCGCUGGAGGGUCAUCCCUUAUGAUGUGUUGCCUGACUGGCUGAAAGAUAAUGACUACCUGCUGCACGGCCAUCGCCCCCCCAUGCCAUCUUUCAGAGCCUGCUUCAAGAGUAUUUUCCGCAUACACACGGAGACAGGCAACAUCUGGACGCACUUACUAGGUUUUGUGUUGUUUCUUUGCCUGGGAAUCCUGACCAUGCUCAGGCCAAAUAUGUACUUCAUGGCCCCUCUUCAGGAAAAGGUGGUGUUUGGGAUGUUUUUCCUCGGAGCGGUGCUGUGUCUCAGCUUUUCCUGGCUUUUCCAUACAGUCUAUUGUCAUUCAGAAAAGGUGUCUCGGACAUUUUCCAAGUUGGAUUAUUCUGGAAUCGCUCUGCUGAUCAUGGGGAGUUUUGUUCCAUGGCUGUACUACUCGUUCUACUGCUCCCCACAACCUCGGCUUAUCUACCUCUCCAUCGUAUGUGUGCUGGGUAUCUCAGCAAUCAUUGUGGCACAGUGGGACCGGUUUGCAACGCCUAAGCACAGGCAAACAAGAGCAGGCGUGUUCCUUGGACUGGGCCUGAGUGGCGUUGUGCCCACCAUGCAUUUCACCAUCGCAGAAGGGUUUGUCAAAGCCACGACGGUGGGCCAGAUGGGCUGGUUUUUCCUCAUGGCGGUGAUGUACAUAACAGGAGCGGGCCUGUAUGCGGCCCGCAUUCCAGAGCGCUUCUUUCCUGGCAAGUUUGAUAUCUGGUUCCAGUCGCAUCAGAUCUUUCAUGUGCUCGUGGUGGCCGCGGCCUUUGUCCAUUUCUACGGCGUCUCCAAUUUGCAGGAAUUCCGUUACGGACUUGAAGGAGGAUGUACUGAUGACUCGCUUCUCUGAGAACUGCUGGAGAUUUUAGUACAAGCUUCCCAAGUGCUUUUAGAGUGACUUCUUGGCUAAAAUCAGAAGAAGACUCUGAACAUUUUUUUUAAAAGGAGAAACUUCGAAAAGUUGGCAACGGACAUUCCUGGCUUACCUUCUCCCAGGAGGAAUGGCUGGGUGGGGUUGGGGGGCAACAGUGUUGACUGGGCGGAAGGUGCCUCUAGCAGCAACCCGCCUUUUUUUUGACAAGCAAGUUGAUUUCACAGGAAUUAUAUUGGAAAAUUUCGGACGUUGGAGAAACUCUGGCAACGUGGCAAAAAGGAAAAGGGCUUUGUUACCUGCUCUUUGAUGCUGCAAACCUACCCGAGGCUUGAAGAGACUCUCUAAAUGUGUCUGUCCCGUCAAAUACUCCUGUUUCUCCUUCGCAUCUGUGGCAGACGUUGUGUCGGUCUGGUUAGGGCAGUGGCAGCUCAUAGCAGGGAUGCUCAGAGGAGGAUGCACAGGGCCAUUUCACUUAAGUUUUGUCUCUUUUUUUGACAAAGUAAUGUAUGCCUAAAAACAAGAGUAUUUAAUAUUUAAUAUUAAGCUUUAAGAGAAAAACAACACACUCACAAGGCGCAUUCCCUCCAGCAACCGUUACUGGAGAGUUGUUCAUGGUAUUUUAGGUGGGGUGCUACUUAGGAGACUGUAGAGCCGCUGUUGCUUUUAUGUCAAGUCGACUGAAAUAAAAAGGUCUGAAGCUGUCGUGCUGGGUAGUUCAGGGGGUCGCGUGAGAUGCCUUCGGGUAUCUUUCCCCCCUGGAAAGAUUCGGUGGACUUCCUCCCGGUCCAAAGCAUCCCAGAGUGCCUACAGGCGUGGCACUUGGGAUUAUUUUUGUGCACCGCUCGCCGGAUUGGGUGCAUUGUUACUGCCAGUGUCUGUGUUCUCUUCUCCGCGGCUGCAAUCCGGCCCACUGAAAUGUCCCCAAGUUUUCUGAAGCAGCCGCUUUGCAUUGCAAACUUCCUCCUUCCUCCCCCCACCCCCAGAAGCGGCUGAGUUUGAAAAGCAAAUUUGUUCUGUCAGAUAUAAUGGAAGGCGGGGAAGACAGACGACGCCCGGCUGUAUGUACAGAAUUGUUUGCUUGCUUCUCAGCGUUGUGAGAGCCAGGUGAGAAGAGUUGGUGAAUUUGCAGUCCUUUCCAGGAAAUGUGAUGAAUGGGACUCUCUCUCUCUCUCUCUCCUGGGAAGCAAACUCUCCAUUACAUUUGCGAGGGUGAAUGUGACGCUUGCCUGCUUUGGAAGGCCUAGAGAAUUGGCAGGGAAGCUACUAGCUUGUAUGUGUGUCUGGACUUGGUCGUAAGAGCUGCCUGCUCCACGUUUGUAGACACUCAAGCCUAGUUGAGCCUUGGUGCCGGCUGGCCGUUGGGAUGACCCGUUUUUUUAAACACGCCUUUUGCUUCCCUAGGGUAGCUUUGGCAACCUGGUGGCCUGCAGAUGUGCGGAACUACAUUUCCCAUCAACCCUAAUGGCCACACUUGCCAGGGAUGGUGGGAGUUAUAGUCCCACACAUACAGAGUGCACCGGGCUGGCGAAGGCCUCUCCUACAAGGGCUCUUCCCCUACCUUCUUGGAAGUACGCGCCUUCCCGUCUUUCAGGCGUUGGCAGCCAAGAGUCAAUGCUGCUUGCUGCCUCUUGUUUUUUGCUAGCUGCUCCUGGAGAGGUUCAAACAGUGCUGAUCUAUACUUAAGGGAGGCCCUCUCUGGGGCAAGGCAAAGCUGCCUCCCCCGCCCCCUAGAUUGCUGCUGCUGCUGCUUUUCCUUUGCCCACUACUUACUCUCUUGUUACAUGAACUGCUCAAAACGUCUUGCCGUAUAUCCUGACUGGAGCCCUACUCUGACGAGUGCUCCCUGCUUAAACCACGUCUACAAGGUGGCUAACGUUGGUCCUAACGGGUUCUGUAUAUUGCCUGAACCAGAUGUCCUAUUCUCUGUUUGGACACCUGUUUCAGUUGUUUCAGCCUCAACUUGCGUGUGGUGUGUGUGUGUGUGUGUGAGAGAGAGAGAGAGAGAGAACACGAUGUCGAGCACUCUGUAUGCCUCGUCAAGGUUGGUUCAAGGACUUCAAGCACUGCGUGCUGCCCAGGCAAAUGCCUCUUAAAAGUAGGUUCAUGCCACACAUACACCCCCCCCCCCUUGGCUUCUUAAGGCAAGAGCCAGUCUUUCAUUUUGAGCCCUUUCCAUGUAAGAAGAGUGCGUCUCUUUAUCACGGCCUGCCAGCACUUGGUAUUGGAACAGUGGCACGGGGCUGGCUGCCCUGAGGCGAUUUCUUGCCUGCCCUCCAGCUCUUCUCCACAGAGAGGAAAAAUGAUGAGAGACUUCCUUUUAAAGGCGAAGGCUUAUCCCAAAUCCUUUCCCCUAGGUUCUGACUAAUUCAUCAAAGAAAAUGCAUUACCAGAGUUUUUAAGCACUUAGGAAAUUGAGAAUCCAUAUUCUGCAAUACAGCUUGUCACAUAUCCCCACCCAACAGCGGUUUGGAAAGGUUAAUAUUGCCUUUCUCAUACUUUUCGUUCUCGAAAGUGUGUGGCUUUGGGGGCCAAUUUGUUGUAAAGGCCUCUGUCCUUUCUUCCCUGGACCUGGGCAGCCCAAGGAAACCGAACAAAAUGAGCUGAUGUGAUCUACCUCAGGUGUAUUAAAAAAAACAUAUCAACUCGUUGAUCCUUCACCAAAAGCUUUAAAAAGGAGGUUCCUUAGGUAUAGCCCUCCAGAUGUGUCGGACCGCAACUCUCAUCAUCCCCAACCAGCAAGACCCAUGUUCUGCUGGCUGGGAAUGAUGGGAGUUGCAGUCCAAUACCUUUGGAGAACAGGUUGCAGAAGGCUGCCCUAUAACCAAGACCCGUGAUUUCCUUCAGAUGAUGGCUCUAUUUCAAGCAAAGAAAGUCCUGCACUUUCUGUAGGCAGCUCUGCAAGGCAGCCGCCCAAACUGACAACCAUCUCCGAUAGAGAACUUAACAACUGGAUGGUUUUAAAGAGGUCGUUAGAUCUGGGUGCUUGCUCCAUUCAUUCAUAAUUCCAGAGGAAUUAAUGUUCUUUUCCACGUAAGGCAGAUAGAUAGAUAGAUAGAUAGAUAGAUAGAUAGAUAGAUAGAUAGAUAGAUAUGGGAACUUCUGGCCCUCUUGCAUCUGACUUUUUGCGAUCAACUGAAAGUACAAAAAGUGGCUCUUGCCCCCUUCCUCCCGCUGUGAAUCCCAUCCUGCAGGCUCUAUGGUGUGGGUUUUCUCACACUAGGGCCACCCAUAGAUGGGGAAAGGACUCGGACAAGGAUGUAUGAAAACCUUGCUUUUGCUUGCGAAACAGGAGAGCAUGCCCCAUUCAAAGCUCCAAGGGCGAGCUUUGCCCACUGAAAGACGUUCGCGAGUCGUUGGGCACGUGCUCACGUUUGUGUCUUUCCUGAUUCGCAGUUCGAUUUGCACGGAUCUCCUUCAGGGACUAAAACAGCCUCGCUGUAAUCUAUGGAGGAAAUAGGGACAAGUUCGGGGAGAUCUGCACAGGGUCCUCGUUUGUGCAAAACGAGCAGCGGUCGCAAAUGAGAAUGGGCGCGAGGCAAUGUUCGGGGAAUCCUGGCGAUCACGAACACCGUGCUGGGGGUUGUAGUCUGACACGUGGGGAAGUGUGUUCAGGGGAUAGGAUGGAGCAAAACCUGUAAGAUGAAUUGGAAUCGUUAAACAGGGCUAAGGGCGAACAGGGCCCCCAGCCCUAAACGUAAAAGUGGGACGGGCACAUUGUUUCGAGGGGAGGUGGUUUAACUUUAAUCUCCUGUGUGCGGUUCAAGAAUCCUUGCCACUCAAGGGCAAACAGGACAUUAUCAAUGUUGAGAAAUCUACAAUUUGUGAGUGAUAUCCUGGGGUCUUAAAUCGGCAAUGAUGAAGAAAAUCUUGAUACAGACUUCUACAGUUGUGCACAGACAAGACUGUGUAAUGUAGGUGCAUAGAACCCUCAGGCCUGGGGUGCGAGUUUGGCCCUCUGGGUUUCCACAGAAGGCCCUGCCGCCUUCCCCGGGCCCUGCCUUUUCUUCCCCCAACCACUGACCACUUGGUGGCUUGCUGGCUUCUGCCCCGUUUUCUUUCCCUUCUCAAAAGGUUGAAAUACCUCUCCUCAGGCUUUAGUGUUACCAGCAGUAAGAGCUUUAAGCUAAAUCAGGCAGGUGUUUUUAGUCCUGCCCCUUUUCUCCUUGGCCCCUCCCACCCCUGGAAGGCAACCCUAGGGAGAGUCUCUAAAAUGGGAUUUGGGCUGAAAGAGGUUCUGCAUCCUGGGGUGUAAUGUAUACACCAGCUCCUAAGGGUUUGGGCAGGGGAGCAGCACUCCUGAGAGAGGGGUUGUUUUUGCAUGCUUCAUUGCAGGCCGUCUUGAGUGGGGGGGGGGGGGUGUGAGAGAGAGAGAGAGAGAGAGAGAACGAACGAACGAACGAACGAACGAACGAGAACUGCAGGAACAAGAUAAUAGUGGCAGAUAUCUGUUAAGAUCAGCAAAAAUAAAACCAGAAUGUAUUAGGGCUGAAUAACAGUAACCCAUCUAUAAUGUAUGAUGAAGCAACCAGCACUUUUGCAGCAAGCGGUAAAACCACUCUGGUAUAGAACUAGGUUUUAUUGUGCAAAACACUUGUACUGGGCGAGCUAUGUGAACAGUUGGACGGGCGCAAAUGAUUUAAGAGUGAAAUCGGACUUGACAGUCUAUUUGUGGCUAAACGAAAGUAUUUGCAAAUGUUUAAACUGAUGAUGCAAGCUCCGUAACUUCUUUUUAAACCGGGGGGUGGGGAAAUGGGGUUUUAAGAUUAAAAUUAGUGGGCAAACAUAAGUGGUGGGAGGAAGUAUGUAACUGAUUUGAUAGUGGUAGAAAACUAAUGAGAGAGCACAACGAAAGCAAUCUGAAACGUGGAUAGUUGGAACACAACUUAACGUAGGUCUAUUACUACAAAGAGACUUUAUAGUUGGAAUAACGGGGUAAGAUCUAUUACUUAGAGGUGUAAAUGUUCAAAUAAAAGAGCAGAUGUAUUCAAUAUAUUUCUUUUGGUGGGGGGAAGCAUAAUAAUGAUGUAUUCAUAACAAUGAACAUUUUUGUUCAGUUUGUAUACUAGUGAAGAUUUUAAGAUGUUUAUCAGCAAUAAACAUUUUUAAAUUAGUAGGUCUUGAUGAAGACUAUACCAUGUUCUAAA